AUGAACAAUUUCGGGGUCAUCGAGCUUGCCAGCGCAAAGACAACCUCGGCGCCAGGCUGGGCUUAUGUCCCCGACAAUACAAUCAGUCGCCCGACAGCGCCAACCAGCAGGAAGCGCGCCAGGAAUGUUCCUGGUCUUACAUAUAGUGACUUGACGGCUCGACAAGAUAAUAAAAUUCGAAAAGAAGCCGAGGCUUUAGAUAAAGAUGGUGGAAAGGAUAACACAAUACCGUUGCCAAUCAAGAGCGGAAGAACGCAAGGAAAACACACACCUAAUGUUCGUAAGAUUCUACAAUCGCAGAAGACAUUCGGGAACCACUUGGAUGACUUCCUCGCGAUGCUGGCACUUGCAGAGGCCAACCCUACGAAUUCUCGUUCCGCUGCUUCUGGCGCAAACAACAAACGGGCAUCGAAUAGUCGAAGAGAUACUCCCUCAUCCUCGAAACCGCCGCAAGAGGACGACAUAGCGAUGGCCGACGCCGACGCCGAUGCCGACGCCGAUGCUCCGACUGUUCUUCCUGAAUCAUCGAGACCUUCACCACCGAGCCACCCUGGCGAUAACGAUCCUUUACUUAUGUCGCGUGUUCCCGACACGCCGUCCGACGAGGAGCUGCGCAGGCUCCUUUCCCACGCUCCCUUGAACUAUGGCGAAGUGACAGGCCAUCGAGACAACAAGUAUCCCGUUAGAUCGUUCUGUGAGGUUUGCGGGUAUUGGGGGCGUGUGAGGUGUAUGAAGUGUGGAACAAGAGUCUGCGCACUGGAUUGUUUGGAGGCGCAUAAGGAAGAGUGUGUCACACGCUAUGGACUAUGA